AUGCCCGCCCUUGCUCGAUUCGUGGUGGAGUCGAUCACGCCGGCGUUGACUCGUAGCGAAGUCGAAGCCCGCGCUGUCAAAAUACGGUUCCCAUCCUCGACUCUUCCCGUCUUCCACAGCAUCAAAUUUCGUAACCAGGACUACUACGGCAAUGAUACCCUCGACUCAAUCCAUGCGCAUCCGCGGCGAAUGGGCCGGAAUGGCAACAUCGCUUCACCUGCGCGCUUUGACACCGCACUUGUGCAUGUUCGGAAUACUGACGAGCCGAGCACUGGACUGCAAGAUUUGCGAGUAGGCCAAGUGCGCGCAAUCUUCUCACUUACGAAGAACGAUGUGCAACAACUGUUCCCUCCUGGCGUCCAGGUACCGCGCCACCUCGUCUACAUUGAAUGGUUCUCGAGCUUCUCUGCUGACGCCGACGAGCGGUAUCAGAUGUACAGAGUGAAGAAGUUGACGGGGUCUGCGAAGAUCGCCUCCGUGGUACCACUUACACUAGUCAAGCAGAGUGUACACCUGUAUCCGAAAUGGGGCUACCCCAUAUGGAUGCACAUCGGGGUCAGCGCAUCUGAGAUCAGGUACGAUCUCGGAUCCCCUGCGCCGCCGCCUGCGUGGCGUCUGCCUCGGACAAGCCCGGAAGGCCGCAACCAGCCGAGCGAGCGGCGAGCGGCGAGCGGUUCCGCCCGCCGUUUGCAACCUCCUUGCGACCUCCACCAUGCCGCGUCGACCACCGCCGGAUCACCGACGUCGCAAGAGCACAGCGCGUACGACGACGGCAAGCAUGUAGGGUCACUGCCAUGCACGCAGGCGCAGCCGACGAACGGCGGGUGGAUGUGUCUGCGAGGAGCUGGUAUCGAGGACGCGGCGAUGCGCAGGACAUGCGCGUCGACCGUGAGCACGCAGGGCCAAUGCCUCGCGUGCAAGCGCAGCCGACGGUAGACCGCAGGUACGGGUGCGAGCACGAGCGCGUGAGCAGGCGGGCGGGCGGGCGG